CACGAGAACAGAAUUUUGCACCACACACCAGGUCUUUUCACAUGGUGGUCACAGAAUCAUCAUGCUCACAGAAUGCACAAAUCUCAGACAAAAUGGUCACAUCCCCACGCCAAAAGACAAAGGUUGUCUCAUACAAAGGUUGUCUCAUCGACGACAGCAGCCUCUUCGAGGCGUCCACACCCAUCAAAACUGUCGGCCUCCGUUUCCUCCCUCCUCGCCCCAAAGCACUCCACUCUGUCGGUCACGAGACCCGCCGCAAGACGUACACAUUCUCUGGCAUGGCCGAGGCGUCGGGUUGCUGCCUCGAUCCCCGUGCCCAGAGUAUCCUGUAGUCAUCAUCCAGAUAUGUCAUCCGCCAGUCGCCGACAUUCUGGGGGGGGAGGCGCCAUCAACAGGAAGCAAAACACGAUUGGGCAUAUCAGGUUACUGCGAUCUUUCUUUCCUCUCCUCACCUUGAGCUCGUUCUUGGCCAGGGGUAUGCCGAACACUCUAAAGCCAAUAUUCUGAAACUUGACGCGCCACCUGUUGGGCCCCAGCACGUCCCACGACGCCUCGAGAAAGGCCUGCAGGCAGGAACAGGACAAUCGCACAAACACAAGAUGAGGAGCCAGCCAUGUGUGAAGCUUGAAGGUCUCUUGACCCACCUGCACUGGGCCGAUAUCGACGUAGUUGAUGUACACGUCGCUGUCCAUGUCGAUCAUCUGCCACAAACCAACACGACAGACACGGACAGACAUUCACACGACGUGAACGAACAGCACUAUGAGCUGGGGAUGGAUGGAUGAAGGGAUGGAUGGAUGGACACGCAGAUCACCCACCUGUGUGACAUCUCCUACGAAGGGUCCCAGCUUGCCGGCACUGCUGCCCGGCGUCGUCGUGUACACCAACCUCCACAACCCAUUCAGCCUCUUGGACCUGAUGGAUUGAUUGAAACACACCCAUCCCAUCCAGCUGCUGCGUUCAUGCCAUGCACGCGGCUCCUUUCCAGCGUCCUCACUGUGCUGCUGCCUUGAUAGGCGAUGAGCUCUCCAGCUGCUUCACCAGCGACAAGAUCUUCUCCCUCUCCGCCUGCCAAGAAAGACACACACUCACACACAUCAACACAGGCGGCCACCAAGAUGCAGCCAGCGAGUGCACACACCUUUGCAGUGCAGUGGCUCUUUCCCUCUCACUGGCUCACCGGCGUCACUUUGAUGCCGUUGUCCUUGCCUUUGGCUAUCCUCCCAAUCUCCCUCUUGAGCGAGGCAGCGUCCACCGAUGGCUUAAAGAUGUUCGUAAGCAUCUGCGGGCUCAGUCGCCUUGCCGUUCGUCUGCUCAGUGGUCUUGACAGUGUUGGUGAGCUACUGAGAGGCGAAGCAGGGCUCCGAAACGCAUCGCACACGGCCGAGAGCGCCAGUGAGAUCAGCGGCAGGAAGAUCAACAUGUGGCAGAGAUCUGCGAAGAGGUGCUUCAUUUCGUUGCAAACACUUCUUUUGCAGCUGCG